AAUAGAUGCUAUUAGGGUUUGCGAGAUGAAGCGCAAGGCUUCCUUCAGUGACGCGGCGCAGGCGUCUUCGUCGUGCGGCGGCGAGGAGGCGAUCGAUGCGGCGGAAUGCGUGUUGCCAGCGCUGCUCCCAUUCAAGCGAUCGCAGCUCCUGGAGCGCUACCCCAAGGGCAACACGCGAGGUAGGCACUGGAAGCACCUCAAGCAGAUAAUCCAGGCCGAGAAUUUCCAUCUGCUUCCGGCUGAUGAGCCCAACUAUGUGAACGUCGAAUCGCCUCCUUCCAUGUACCCGUCCAAGAAAUACUGCGACAUCUCUGGAUUUGAGGCACCUUACACGGAUCCACGAACAAAGCUCAGAUAUGCAAAUGCCGAUGUCUUCAAGCGCAUCAGAUGUCUUCCCGACGAUUACGUUCAAGGCUACUUGGGUCUCAGGAAUGCCACUGUAGUUCUCAAGUAAGCUCUCCUCGACUUAUAGCACAAGCCUGGAUAUAGCACAGUUCGACGCUUGAUAAGGUCCCGAUACCGCUCAAAGUUAUAGUAUAAGCAACGAGAAAGGAAGGCUAGAACGAGCAGGAGUCUGGUUAUCGAGAACUAUCGGUUAGUAUAGAAUGGAAGAAACUCAAGGAUAGAGUGUAGGACCGGAGUUAGCAACGAGGAAGAGCCACUAUCAAGCCAGCCCCAUGAAGCCCGAGUUUCACGCACUUGGCAGAGUUCUUGAGGGCAUGAGCAAGAAGAAAAAUUCCAACGAUGGUGGCUGCUACAAUCUGGCGCUUGCUGGGUGGUGGAGGAUACAGGGGCCGUGGCUAUGCUAAAAAUGUGAGAAGCUUUUGCUUUCACUCGUCGCCGUCGUUUCCUAGUUAUGUUCUACGGUCCGCGAAAAAGGUCCUUUUGCGUGUAAGGCCGAGAGGAUGUUAUCAAGUUCCUUCAGGGCCUGACGACGAACGAUAUGAACAAAAUUGAGCAGGAUUCUCCGGCGAGGCUGGAGAAGCUGGACAGAUCGGGAACAGGCCCCGGGAGCGAGAAGUCGCCUUCAAAGCUCGCAGUCUGGCAAUGGUUUGGAAGUGCUCUGGAGUGUGAAGGUGACAACGAGGGCUCUGUAGGGUGUGGGGCUGGACGUGAUACUGCUGGGAAUUCUUCUGCUCGUAGCAAUGUCCAGGCUGGCGUUGGCAUAAAGAUCCCAGGACAGGAUGUCUCGGCUUUCGAGGUGUCUUUUCGGACGUAA